CUGAACCCGGAACAUUGGAAAUGGUGUGAAUUCUCGGUGUGUUGUUGCGGUGAACCCAUGCUGGAUUAAGACAGACGUGAUCUAGUACCCGGUGUGUGAACUCUACAUGGUGUGAACUCAGAGAGACUCAGAGAGCUGGUCUCGUCCUGUAGACUCAGAGAGCUGGUCUCGUCCUGCAGACUCAGAGAGCUGGUCGAUGAUGAUGAUGAUGCUGGAGAGGAGCAAGGUGACGAUGGUAGCAGAUAUCUUCUUCAGCCGGAGACACUGUGAGAGAGAGGAGAUCAUCCACUGUCGCUGCUCCAGAGCCUUCGUACAGGAUCGGGAGCUGUAUCGCUCUGACAACAGAUUGCUCUGCCUUGACCUGGCUGACUCUACAGUGGGAGAAACGGAUGAGGAAGAAGAAGAGGAGGAGGAGGAUGAAGAGGCUCUGUUGAUGGCCAGCAUGGGUCUGCCUCUGGCCUUUUCCAGUUCCUCCAGGCAGAGGAGAGAGAACAGAAAGCCUGCUGCAUGCUGGGUAGAAACAGCAGCUGAGGAGGAGGAGGAGGAAGCUGAACAAGAUCUACAGGUAGAUGACACAGCUGAUCAGAAGGAAGAGAGUGACCCACUGGAGGAAGGAACAAGAGGCACCCAAGAUGCCGGCUGGGAAGCCUACUGGGCUCAACAGGGUGAAGCGCUGCUCUGGAGCAGCUGGCUGCAGCAGCAUCCACAGACAGAUCAUGUGUCUACAGAAGCAGCAGCAGCUCCUUGGGAUGACCCAGACACGAGCGCUGCGUGGGAGAAACAUGCAGCAGAGACAUACUACUCCUACUGGGAGCAGUACUCAUACUGGGCCUCACAGGGCUGGAGCACCGAGCUGACCGGCUGUGAAGGUACAGAGACCUGCUCAGAGGAACAGAGGGAUGAGAGUGCAGCUGAAGUCCAACAGAGACAAGAGGACGAUGAGGAUGUUGAGACUUUGAAUGAUCUGCUUGAACAGAGCUGCUCAUUAAAAGCAGGGGGGAGCACUGUGUCUGACUCCAUGAACAAACUCUCUGAUGAUCCCUCUGACGGCGGGAACGAUCGCAAGAGACCUGCUACCUCCUCACAGACGAACACAGCAGAGCAGAAAGAUUCCCAGCAGGUUUCCUCCCGCUCUGACAGACAGAACGUCUCAGGUAAUAAACCAACACUAGAAGGAGAUGAUGACGAUGAUGAUGUUAACAAACCUCCAGGAGGAGGACAAGCUAAAGUCAAACGCAGUCAUGAGCUGGAUUUGGAGGAAAGCCCACAGCUGACACCAGAAGAAGCGUGGAGUAGACUGGGACUCAAACACAACUCUAACCCUCUGUUCGACACGGUGCUCAGAUUUAAAGGCGGAGGCGAUCAGAAGAGUCAGAGGAAGUGGCUCGACAAGAGAUCCGUCUGCAGCAUCAACAAACACAUCCGCUUCUCAGAGACGGGCGGAGGCAACACAGAGCCCAAGAUCAGCUCCACCCUCUGCAAGGUGAAAAACUUUCUUGGAAAGAACCAGAGAGGAGCACAAUCUGAGCAGAGUGAGAUGGGAGGAGUGAGCACACAGGAACCCUCACAUGUGGGGGGCAAAGUGUUAGAAGAAGAGACGAGGAGGACGCAGGAGACUGAAGGAAGGAUUAAGGAGGCAAGGGAAGGAGAGAGCUCUGAUACACUCACUCAGCCCAGAGCCUCUAUGUGUGCUUCCAGUGGGACUGUGGAGAGUGAAAGGGAGGAGGAGGAGCCUGGGAGACACUUAACAUCUCUAGAAACUCCUGAAUUCCUCCUGCGCGACGCACCUGAAGGCAGCAGUGAGUUAAAUAGGAAAGAUGGAAAGAAGCCAACAAAGAAGAAAAGACAGCGGAGGAGGAAGCAGCAGGUCCCAGCAGAGAUGGCAGCUGAACCAGAGCUAGCCAAAUACUGGGCUCAACGCUACAGGCUCUUCUCUCGCUUCGAUGAAGGGAUCAAGCUGGACCGAGAGGGCUGGUUCUCGGUGACUCCGGAGAGGAUCGCUGAGCACAUCGCCCUCAGGGUGGAGCACAGCUUCCCGGACUCCCAGCUGGUCAUAGACGCCUUCUGUGGGGUCGGAGGGAACGCCAUCCAGUUUGCACUCACUGGAAAGAGAGUCCUGGCUGUCGAUAUCGACCCGGUGAAAUUGGACUUGGCGCGGCACAACGCAACGGUUUACAAAGUCGCUCACCAAAUCGACUUCCUGCAGGGGGACUUCCUUCAGCUGGCCCCCCACCUCCGAGGCGAUGUGGUCUUCCUCUCACCGCCGUGGGGAGGGCCGGACUACCUGACUGCUGAGGUGUUUGACAUCAAGACCAUGAUGGAGCCUGAUGGAUUUGAGAUUUUCCGUCUGGCCAAACUGAUCUCAAACAACAUCGUAUACUUUCUGCCUCGCAAUGCCGACGUAGACCAGAUCGCCUCUCUGGCCGGCCCAGGAGGAAAGGUGGAGGUGGAGCAGAACCUCCUCAACAACAAACUGAAGACUGUGACUGCUUACUUCGGCAGCUUGAUCACUUCAGACGCCGAGUAACUCUGGACGCUCGACUUCAUGUCAACAAGCUUCAAACCUGCGUCAGACCAUGUUUCUUUAUUCACUCCUCGACGUUCUGUUAUUUAGAUUCUGUUAAAUAUGAAUGCAUAUUCUUAUAUUCUUUAAAUGAUUCUGAUGAUCACAUGUUACAGAGUUACUGCAGGUGUUUUUUUGUAUUGAAUCCUCAGACUGAGGCUUUGAGAGUUUUACAAUAUUUCUAUUUUUAUCAAGUUUUAAUUGUUUGUGAGAGCUAAUAAAUGUUUUUCAGAAA